GUCGGCGUGAAGUGCAUUACACAAUACGGUGCAGAACACGGCAAGGCUUGACAGAAAUCUGCAGCAGAUGUUUCUUGGGUGUCCUUGGAAAAGUCAUCAUCGGUCUUAGCGCUAUAUUAGAGAGGUCCUAGGAAUCUCCUGAGUGACAGUCGUCUGCUGGGGUGAACCACCAUGGCGGUGUUACGGCAGCUUCAGCUCCUUCUGUGGAAGAAUUACGUCUUGCAGAAACGUCAAGUGCUGGUGACGCUGAUCGAGUUGCUGCUGCCGCUCCUGUUUUCUGCCAUCCUUAUAGCACUGAGGCACAGGGUCAAUUCGGAGAACUACCCCAACUCCACCACGUUCCAGAGGGUGGACUUUCUCGCCUUGCCCAGCGUCUUUUACACUGGAGGACCUUGGCAGCUGGCGUAUGUUCCUUCCAAUAGUGUUGCCGUGCAGGAAAUUGUGAGCACAGUCGAGAAGAAUCUGGCGAUCGAUAUCCGAGCUCAGGGAUUUCGCACAGAAGGAGAGUUUGAGAACUUUGUAAGACGUGGCAACCAGUCGGGCAAAGUGCUGGCAGCUUUGGUCUUCGAACAUGCUUUCAAUCGCAGCGAUGAUCCAUUACCACUGCAGGUCCGCUACAAGUUGCGGUUAAAGUACAGCCCUCGUAAUGUUCCACUGAGUGAACUAUCUGAACUUAACCCGAAUGUGGAUCGGAACUGGCACACAAGAUUCCUAUAUCCCCUCUUCCAGCUUCCGGGGCCUCGUGAGCGAGGAGAUGCCACUGGUGGCAACCCAGGAUACUAUAGAGAGUGCUUUUUGGCUCUGCAGCACCUUGUGGACCGGGCAAUCAUUUACUACCAUGCCAACGAGACGGGACGGGCCCUCCUGGAUAAGAUUGACGUCUUCGUCCAGCGCUUUCCCUUCCCACCCUACGUCAAUGACCUCUUCAUCCUGGCUAUCCAGAACCAGCUUCCUUUGCUACUUAUGUUCAGCUUGACCUAUACCUCCCUGAGCAUUGUGCGUGCUCUGGUCCUAGAGAAAGAGCGGAAGCUUAAGGAGUACAUGCGUGUGAUGGGAUUGAAGUCCUGGCUUCACUCCACUGCCUGGUUCAUCCAUUUCUUCUUGUUGCUGUUGGUGUCCAUCUCUUUAGUCACUCUGCUUCUGUGCGUUCAGGCCAGUGACCAGGGUGCAGUACUCACUCGAAGUGACCCCACCGUGAUCUUCGUCUAUCUCCUGGUAUUUGUUGUGUCCACCAUCUCCUUCAGUUUUAUGAUCAGCAGCUUUUUUUCUCGAGCAAAUGUGGCAGCUGCUACCAGCGGCUUCCUGUAUUUCUUCUCCUACAUCCCUUAUUUUUUCAUCUCCCCUCGUUAUGACAUGAUGUCACAUGGCGAGAAAGUGGCAUCUUGUCUCGUUUCCAACGUGGGCAUGGCCAUGGGCGCCCAACUUAUCGGAAUGUUUGAGGGCAAAGGUACCGGAGCUCAAUGGUCAAAUUUGCUUACCCCAGUCAGUGUGGAUGACAACUUCACUCUGGGGCAAGUCAUGGGAAUGCUGGUCCUUGAUUCUGUGGUGUACGCCAUCAUUGGCUGGUAUGUGGAGUCCGUCAUGCCAGGAGACUAUGGAGUUCCCCAGCCUUGGUACUUCUGCUUUCUGCCUUCAUAUUGGUGUGGGACUCCCAGAGAUGCAGAAUUCGUAGAAAAGGAAGACGAUGAAGAUCCUGAAAAAGCUGUGAAAGUGGAAUACUUAGAGGAAGAACCAGCAGAUCUAAUACCAGGCAUUCGUAUUAAACAUUUAACAAAGGCAUUCCAGGUUAACGGUAAGAGGCGCGUCGCUGUGCAGGAUCUCUCGCUUAACAUGUAUGAAGGACAAAUUACUGUACUUUUGGGACAUAAUGGAGCUGGCAAGAGUACAACUCUGUCUAUGCUGACAGGGCUUUUUCCCCCAUCCUCUGGUGAAUGCUACAUUGGAGGGUAUGAGAUCUCCAGAGACACCGCACUUAUCAGACGCAAUCUGGGGCUCUGCCCUCAACAUGACGUCUUAUUCCAGGGUCUUACUGUGGAGGAGCACCUAUAUUUUUACGCAGCACUGAAAGGAUGUCCCCGAUGGCGCUGCCCCGAGGAGGUGGAAAAGAUUUUGCAGAUCCUAAGAAUUGAGGAGAAACGUAAAGUUCUCAUCACUAAGUUGUCAGGCGGAACCUGCCGAAAGCUGUCCAUUGGCAUCGCCUUGAUAGGAGGGUCCAAGGUGGUCAUGCUGGAUGAACCUACUUCAGGAAUGGACCCAGCAUCUCGCAGGGACACGUGGGAGCUUUUACAGCAGCACAAACAUGACCGCACCCUCCUCCUCACCACGCAUUUCAUGGACGAAGCCGAUAUCCUAGGCGAUCGAGUUGCCAUACUUGCUCAGGGGCAACUGCAAUGCUGCGGUUCACCGCUCUUCCUCAAAGGCAAAUAUGGUGCUGGGUACCAUAUGGUAAUAGUGAAGCAUCCGCACUGCCAAGUAGAAGAAAUCACAGACCUCGUUACCAGCUACGUCCCUCUUGCCACUAUGGAGAGCAAUGCUGGGGCAGAACUAUCUUACAUCUUGCCUAAGGAGAGUACCCACAGGUUUGAGCCGCUGUUCUCCGAGCUGGAGCUUCGUCGCGAUGAGCUGGGUAUCGCUAGUUACGGAGCGUCGGUCACCACUAUGGAGGAAGUAUUUCUACGGGUUGGGAAACUAGUGGACAGUAGCCUGGACCUACAGGCCAUACAGCUACCUGCUCUCCAGUAUCAGCAUGAGCGCCGGGCCAAUGACUGGUCGGUGGAGGAAUCCAGCUCCAUGAGUGACUGCACCGACGACAGCGGGACCCUGAUUACCGAGGACUGCUCCAACAUCAAGCUCAAUGGAGGGUGUUCGCUCUGGUGCCAGCAGUUCUAUGCCCUCUUUGUAAAGCGAGCGUCUUACAGCUGGAGAAACUGGAAGAUCGUUGUGGGACAGUUCUUGGUUCCCUUGGUGUUCACCACAAUGGGCCUGACCGCAGAACUGAUGUUCCCUGGACCUCAAGACUCUCCUCCGCUGGAGCUGAGUUUGGCACCUUAUGGAUACACAGCAGUACCAUACUCGCUGCCUCCUAAUGCCUCCCUCCUGCUGCAGACCCUGGCGGACAGCUUCAGAGACCAGCUGGAUACGAGGCACGCUGAGCCCCAGGAAGUGAUAGGUAACCUUGAUGACUACCUUUUGGCAAAGGCAACUGAGGAAGGCGCCCUGUUUGCCGAACACUGCCUCUGUGCCGCCGAGCUCCUUCGUGUCGGCUCCCGUUACAAUAUCAUUGCCCGUUUCAAUAACCAGGCCUUCCAUGUGGUGGCUGUCGCACUGGCGCUGGCUGAUAACGCUCUGUUCAGAUUGACGGCUGGCGCCAACGCUUCUCUUUCAGUAACUAACUACCCUCAACCACGUAACACCACAGAGACUGCCCAGGAUCAGCUUCUCGUGAGUCAGACGGGUUUUACCAUAGCCAUUAAUCUGCUGUACGGAAUGGCAUCUUUGGCUAGUACGUUCUCCCUGCUGCUUGUCGGUGAGAGGGCGGUAAAGUCUAAACACGUGCAGUUUGUGAGCGGAGCAUCCUCCUUCAGUUACUGGCUGUCUGCACUGACGUGGGACAUGCUGAAUUUCCUAAUCCCCUGUGCUCUCAUGCUUGUGGUCUUCUAUGCCUUUGGCGUGCGUGCGUAUAUAGAUGACCACCACCUUGCAGACGUGAUGCUGAUAUUUCUCCUGUACGGCUGGGCCAGCAUUCCUCUUAUGUACCUGUUCAGCUUUCUCUUCACGUCCCCUGCCACCGCCUACGUCCGGCUCAGUAUCUUCAACAUUUUGUCGGGCACGGCCACCUUCCUAUGUGUCACUAUCAUGAGCAUUCCAGCCCUGGGCUUGGUGGAGCUUUCUCGCACCCUGGACCUCAUAUUUUUAGUGCUACCCAACUAUUGCCUGGGGCGAUCAUUAAGUGACUUCUACCAGAACUACCAGUUUCUGCAAACCUGCACUUCGUUUGUACCAAUAUCUGAAAUUAUCUGCCGGAAGCUGAAUAUCACCUAUCAAACCAACUAUUAUUCUUUCUCCUCGCCGGGUGUGGGGCGCUACUUGACAUCCAUGGCUGGUCAGGGACUCGCCUUCCUUUGCCUUCUCUUCAUUAUUGAGAGCCAAGUCCUCUGCCAGCUUUGCCGAUUCAGGCGCAAACACUGGUCUUCACGUCCUCAUUCUCCUGUGCCUCCCUCAGAGGACCGGGAUGUGGCAGAUGAGAGGAAGAAGGUGUUGGAGUCUCCAGCGGAGCAGCUCUCGACACUUUGCAGCCCGCUGGUUAUCCGGGAACUCAGCAAGGUUUAUGGCCACCGCGCUCUACUUCUUGCCGUCGACCGCAUGUCUCUGGCUGUGAGUCGUGGCGAAUGCUUUGGGUUGCUUGGUUUCAACGGAGCUGGUAAGACGACCACAUUCCGAAUGCUGACGGGAGAUGAAAGCAUCAGUUCGGGGGAUGCCUACAUCGACGGGUACAGCAUCCUGAACAACACCAAGAAGGCCCAGCAGCGGAUUGGCUAUUGCCCACAGUUUGACCCCUUACUGGAUCAUAUGACUGGCAGAGAAACCCUGUGCAUGUAUGCCCGUCUACGGGGCGUCCCUGAGAUGUACAUUAAUAGCUGUGUAGAGAACAUGCUGCGGGGGCUUCUCCUGGAACCACACGCUAAUAAACUAGUCAGGGCGUACAGCGGUGGAAACAAAAGGAAGCUCAGUGCUGGCAUUGCUCUGAUUGGUGGUCCACCAGUCAUCUUCAUGGAUGAACCUUCCACUGGAAUGGACCCGGUGGCUCGGAGAUUACUGUGGGACGCAGUGACCAGAACACGAGAGAAUGGAAAGGCUGUAAUCAUCACUUCUCACAGCAUGGAGGAGUGCGAAGCUCUUUGCACACGGCUCGCCAUCAUGGUGAAUGGUCAGCUCAAGUGCCUCGGCAGUCCUCAGCACCUGAAAUGCAAAUUUGGUAGUGGAUACACACUGCUAGCCAAGACUUCUAGAGGUGGAGACGAUCUGGUUGCUUUUAAAGAUUUUGUGGAGACUGUCUUCCCAGGCAGCCAGCUGAAGCACGAGCACCAGGGUAUGGUCCAUUACCACAUAACAAACCAGGACCUGAGUUGGCCACAGGUAUUUGGAACUUUAGAAAAAGCCAAAGAGAAAUUUGAUCUCGAAGAUUACUGCGUGAGUCAGAUCUCGCUGGAGCAAGUCUUCCUGAGCUUCAGUCAUUUCCAGCAGACACCAGAAGAGGUCGUAGUAUAGAAGAACAUACAGUGGUAGACCCGUCACAGACAUUGAAGACAUAUGGUUUGGAUAUGCCGACAAAAUCAGAUGGGACCCAUUCUUUCUCUAGAACUCUGCUCCCUAAGUGAAGGAGAGGCCACCAUGCCUGCGUGUAUUUCUCUCCAUUCACUGCUAUGGGAGCUCAGGAAAGAGCCGAGCGAGCGCAGUCGGUGUAAGCGUGACCACCACUCUAUUCACCGCUAUUGCACUGCCGAAAGUAGCAGAGCUGGCACUCGGCUAUUUUCAGAACUCCCAUACUGGUGAAUGGAGGGUGGCAAUGCUGGCUGUUCACUUUGGGGGCACCGUUCUGGAGGUAGGCAGUGGGACCUGCACCUACCUAAAAUUAAUGGUUUAUCAGUGUCUGAGAUGAGACAAGCCGUCCAGUUUGCUGUGAGACCUCUCCACAGACUGCAGACACUGCCUGCAUUCUCAGAUGUCUUUGUCCUGUGAUGUCCCCUGUUCAUCCAUGCACAGUUUGCCCUCUUGACCAAUUUUUCCGUCCGUGGCUUCUACUUUUGGUGUCUAGCCCAGACUUGCACUUUCCUUAGCAGAAGAACCAACGUCUACAUCUGUCUAACCAUUUCAGUGUGAGAAUUAUCCGCCCGUCCGAUCCCUUCUAUGGCAGGACUUUUUAUAACCAGCUUAUCCCGUGCCGAUGACCAGUCUCCUCCACUGUCUAACCGUCGAUGCCCACCAUUAACCCGUCCCGCCUUCUAGGAUUACUUCCGUCAUUCUACCCUGGGAGUGACUGCACUGAAAUCAAGAUCUACCACUGACAACUGCACACUAAAACUUGUAUGAGGCACAGCGGGGAUCUACUACAUGAUGAUUUGUAAUAUUGCCCUAAUUGUUCUACUGCUGGAAUGGAAAUUAUGUUGAGCACUAUGUUGAUUUGAAACAAUGCAAUUUUUUAUUUUUUUGGGUUAGAAUCGGACACUAAGGCUUAAAGGGAUUUCGAUAGAGAAGGGAAUUAUUAAUACUAAACCAUGGGCUUGUCGUUGUGAGCGCUGCCUUUACAUCACAUGGACUGGUAGCCCUACUCCUGCAGUGCCUUCUAGCUCUACUGAGUGCCCAGAUGGAGGGACCAGGAGCUUCAAGGAAUGACAGCUAGGGAGUAAUAUUUAACACUUUAGCCUCCAAAGGCUGAAGUGAAUGUAUGUGCUCUGUACGCACAGCUGUGCAUGGUCGGCACUGACAUGACCCUCGUUGCGAAACUAACCCCCUUGUAUGAAGAGCCAGGGAACAAUGGGUGUGUUGCCCUGUCUGUCCUUCGGAAGACACUUUGACUGCUCCAUGCAGACGUCUGAUUGUACAAACUCAAUAAAUCUUAUUUAUGCUGCUCUUUUGAAAGCCAA